GUGUGAGGUGUGCAAGAUGAACGUCCCUCACCGCAUGCUGACCCCGGAUGACCCCAUCAAGUCAAUGUCAAGGACACUUGAGGGCGGGGAGGUCGGCGCGGGAGAGCUCUCGGCCUGGUCAGACGCGUUGAGUCAAGGCAGCCAGGAGUCCCUGGACAAGCGGGCUAGUCUGACCAGGAAAAGCUACGACGCCGUCGUUUUCGAUGUCCUCAGGGUGUCUCCGGACGACUUCGCCAGCCAGAUCACCCUCCUAGAUCUCCCGGUGUUCAAGUCCAUACAGCCAGAUGAGCUGACCACAUGUGCCUGGACCACCAAGGAGAAACUCAUCAAGGCACCCAAUGUGGUGGCCUUCACACGCAGGUUCAACCAUGUCAACUUUUGGGUUCAGAAGGAGAUCUUGAACUGCCAGACCCUCAAGACACGGGCGGAGGUGCUGGCUCACUUCAUCAAGAUUGCCAAGAAACUUCACGACCUGAACAACCUCCAUGCAGAAAUGGCUGUCAUCUCCGCCCUCCAGAGCGCUGCCAUAUUCCGGCUCUCUCACACUUGGAUGAUGCUGUCCAAGAAAGACAAGAGCAUGUAUGAGAGGAUGGCCGACCUGUUCUCCGAGAACAACAAUCGACAGCGGCUCCGCGAGUACAUGGAGAACGUGCGCCUGCCCUGUAUACCUUACCUAGGUCUGUACCUGACAGACUUGAUCUACAUCGACGUGGCACACCCGCACUCAGGCGGCCUGGAGAGCCAGCCACGGAGGGUCCAGAUGAACAACAUCCUGAGGGUCAUCGCAGACUUCCAGCAGUCUGAGUACGAGAACUCGGUGGUGUUGGAACACAUCCAGAACUACCUCAAGUCCGUGAGGUACAUCGAAGAGCUGCAGAAGUUUGUGGAAGACGACAACUAUAAACUCUCCCUCAAGCUGGAACCCCCUGGUGCUGCCUCCUCCUCCUCCUCCUCCCGGGAGGAUGUGAACACAUACCCCCCAGCCUCACCCCACACAGAGCCCAGGAACCAGCUGACCGUCUCGCGAAUCCCCCCGUCCCAUCACAGAAAGUCACGCAGCCUCAGUGCCAACUUCAUGUCGUGCGCACACCCUCAAGUGGAGAAGUCCCAGAGCCUGCCGUGCCGUGCGACGGCCCCGUACAUCCAGGGCAUCCGUCACCUGCUGGACGACAGUGUGCUGGAGGAGUCGCCGUGUGCCUCCAGCGACGGCUCGCUCUGCGGCAAGCUACAGACAGAACUAAGAGACACAUUCGAGUCCACGUCCAGCGACCAGGAGUCCUUCUGGCCCGCACUCAACAGUUUUUGCCGUAGGGAGUCAGAAGAUGAGCCGGGCUCCAGUGGUGAGCACAGUUUUACCUUCCAGGGAUGUCUGCGCAGGAAGACACUCAUCAAGGAUGGGAAAAAGCCAACAGAAAUGUGUACAAGUUCCGUGCUGGCAGUCAGAGCAGAGCCUUACACUGGUGUCGUUUUCUACACGAUGCUGUCAGGAGAGGGACUCCCAAG